AUGAAUGAAUCUCCUAGUAAUGUUAAUGUGGUCUCUAUAAUAAAUCGCACUGAGGAGACCAUAACAUUGCAAUGGAACAAGGUUGACAGCAGCAUGAAUUACAAUUACAGCCUGAGCUAUAACGGUCAGAACAAGAGCAUUGAUGGAUCAGAAGGUGGUUCUACAGUGAACUACACAGUGUCAGAGCUUACUGCCGGGACUGAAUACAGCUUCACUCUGUACACUGUAUUUAAAGAAGCUAAGAGCACUGGAUACAACUUUACCGCUGUCACCACCCCCCUCAGCGUUGGCAACAUUUCUGUGACAAGUCGCAAUGAGACUGCAUUAAUACUGGAAUGGAAUAAAGUGGACAACAACUCCAAUUAUACACUGAGCUACAAUAAUCAGCACACCAACAUCAGUGGACCAGAAGGAGGUUCUACAGUGACAUACAUAGUGUCAAAUCUUACUGCUGGGACUGAAUACAGCUUCACUCUGUACACUGUAUUUAAAGACGCUCAGAGCACUGGAUAUACCUUUGACGCUGUCACUACUCCCCGCAGCAUUGAUGACAUUUCUGUGACAAGUCGCAAUGAGACUGCAUUAAUACUGGAAUGGAAUAAAGUGGACAACAACUCCUAUUACACACUGAGCUACAAUACUCAGCACACCAACAUCAGUGGACCAGAAGGAGGUUCUACAGUGACAUACAUAGUGUCAAAUCUUACUGCUGGGACUGAAUACAGCUUCACUCUGUACACUGUAUUUAAAGACGCUCAGAGCACUGGAUAUACCUUUGACGCUGUCACUACUCCCCGCAGCAUUGAUGACAUUUCUGUGACAAGUCGCAAUGAGACUGCAUUAAUACUGGAAUGGAAUAAAGUGGACAACAACUCCUAUUACACACUGAGCUACAAUACUCAGCACACCAAUACUCAGCACACCAACAUCAGUGGACCAGAAGGAGGUUCUACAGUGACAUACAUAGUGUCAAAUCUUACUGCUGGGACUGAAUACAGCUUCACUCUGUACACUGUAUUUAAAGACGUUAAGAGCACUGGAUAUACCUUUAACGCUGUCACUACUCCCCGCAGCAUUGAUGACAUUUCUGUGACAAGUCGCAAUGAGACUGCAUUAAUACUGGAAUGGAAUAAAGUGGACAACAACUCCUAUUACACACUGAGCUACAAUAGUCAGCACACCAACAUCAGUGGACCAGAAGGAGGUUCUACAGUGACAUACAUAGUGUCAAAUCUUACUGCUGGGACUGAAUACAGCUUCACUCUGUGCACUGUAUUUAAAGACGUUAAGAGCACUGGAUAUACCUUUGACGCUGUCACUACUCCCCGCAGCAUUGAUGACAUUUCUGUGACAAGUCGCAAUGAGACUGCAUUAAUACUGGAAUGGAAUAAAGUGGACAACAAGUACAAUUAUACACUGAGCUACAAUAGUCAGCACACCAGCAUCAGUGGAUCAGGAGAAGGUUCUACAGUUACAUACACAGUGUCAGAUCUUACUGCUGGGACUGAAUACAGCUUCACUCUGUACACUGUUUUUAAAGACGCUCAGAGCACUGGAUAUAUCUUUGACACUGUCACUGAAAAAGAAGGAACUGUCAUGGUGCAGGCACUUAAAGAUGUAAACGCAGAAAAGCAACGAGGAGUAGUUGGUAAGCACAGAAAAUGUACAGUGACAUACACAGUGUCAGAGCUUACUGCCGGGACUGAGUACAACUUCACUCUUUACACUGUACUUAAUGACGUUCAUAGCACUGGAUAUACCCUUGAUGCUGUCACUAUUCCAAAUAGUGUUACUGGGUUACACUGUCAGUAUUCAUCGGGGGGCUAUGGUCUAACUCUUGUUUGGGAUCCUCCAAAUGGAGGGAGGACAGCUGUAGAGGUCAGCAUGAGCAGCUCAAGCUUUAAUCACACAGGAGAAAGUCUGUAUAUCAAGGGACUGCUGCCUGCCCGGUGGUAUACCGUUACUGUGUCUGCAAUCUCUGGGCCUAUGCAGAGUGUCCCAGUUUCAGUUACCUGUCAGACUGACCCAAGAGGAGUCAUAGCAGGUGUUGUAACAGCCCUUCUGCUGGCCAUUCUCAUCCUCUGUAUUGGUGUCUUUAUAUGGCAUCACAAGACAAAGCUAUCCAGCAAGUUUAAAUCCUCUAAUGAAGCUAAAGUGUCCAGUUAUAUACCAGUUCCACUGAAAAUGUUUCCAAUGCACUUUAGCUCCAGGAGUUGUGAUCAGAACCGUGGUUUCAGUGAGGAAUAUGAGGAUUUAAGUGAAGUGGGUACAGAUCAGAGUUGUACAGUUGCUGCACUUCCUGAAAACAAGAGCAAGAACCGAUUUACCAAUGUACUGGCUUAUGACUCAUCUCGCGUGAAGCUUGCUGCACAGCCAGGAUCUGAUUCAGACUACAUCAAUGCUAAUUACAUUCAUGGUUAUGACAAGAAAAACAAGCAGUACAUUGCUGCUCAGGGUCCUCUCCCCUCCACUGUCAAUGACUUCUGGAGAAUGGUGUGGGAACAAAAGUCCUCAGCCAUUGCCAUGCUGACCAACUGUACUGAGGGAGGAAAGAUUAAAUGCGAGCAUUACUGGCCAAAGGACAACAGGCCCUGCCUUUAUGGAAACCUGUGGGUCUCUGUCCAGUCAGAGCAAAAAGAGAGUUGCUGGACUCGACGAGAAUUUAUCAUCAAAAAUAAUUCUACCUCUGAGGUGCAUACAGUAUCGCACUUCCAUUUCACAGCAUGGCCUGAUCAUGGAGUUCCUGCUGGAACAGAAGAGUUGAUUAAGUUCCGUUGGCUUGUUCGUCAGCACGUGGAGAGCUUCCCAUUUAGUGGACCUACUGUGGUACACUGCAGUGCUGGAGUGGGUAGAACAGGUACUCUGAUUGCCCUUGACAUAUUACUGCAACAGAUGGACAAAGAAGAAGCUGUCAGCGUUACUGACUGUGUACAUCACAUGAGGCUUAGCCGGCCCCUCAUGGUACAGACUCAGUCUCAAUAUGUGUUCCUACACCAGUGCAUCAUGGAUUCUCUGCAGCCCAAAGAGGACUCCACUCCUGAUCCUAUAUAUGAAAAUUCUGAUAUGAUUUACGCUAAUGCACUGGCUCUAAGAGAGUAUAAGGCAGCCAACUCAGGAGUCUGA